ACAACGCCCCCCAUGUCAGAAUCUUCUACGAUCUUUGACGCUGCAACAGCGUGUCAUCAUGUCUUUAGGAUGGCCAAAACAGCUCCAAGGCUAAUGCAACAAGAAUGGGCUGAGAAUAGGCUCGCGGAUUUCAAUGUCUGGUCAGCUGGAGCUGGUGCCUUUGCCGAGGGGAAGACAUCGUUGGACCAUCGAUUGGGCUCUAACCCAGAAGCGCACACUAUCCUGAUUAAUCUCUUGUUGAUGUUGAGAAUUCUAGUACAGAAAUUUAUAGACGGAGGUAUGGGUAACUCUCUUCAAUAUCUGACGCCCUCCUCAGACCACAAAAUUAAGGAUCCUGCCGUGGAGCUGUCUAGCGAUGAAUUGGCCAGAAUGAAGGAUGUUGAGGACAGUUUGAACCAACUCACAAGGCUUACAGUUGCGAUCCGAAAAGCCGGGAACCGGCCUCGACUUCUAAAAGCGGACAGCUCAUUUGACCCCCAUAGUCCCCAGAUUCGUUCCCUGCGCCGCCACCUUGAACUCCUUCUCCUGGUGCAUCCUGGAGACAAUGAAAGCUCAGAUUCAAGCGCACGGCAGCUUGACCCAGCAAAACUGACCCCAAUUCAACUACGGCUAAUUGAUGCCAACUUGAAACGGCGGAAUCGCUUCCUAUACGCCCAACAACAUGCUCAGAAACUAGGACUCAACUCCGAGUACCCAAAGAACACAAGACGAGAGAGUCCACUGUUCGUAAAGCAGCAGUCGCGUUCGGGUGUUGACAAAACCACUUCCCUUUCGCAAAGGGAAAAUACGCUUACAAAGGCUGAUAUACAAACUCAAAGCACAACAACUGCCACGCUGGUGGACGAGCCGAUUGUGGUUCCGCCUAGCCAGUUUACCAAUUCUGCAACGACAGUGAUAUCGGUAACAAGUUCUCGAGUCUCUUACCCAAAAUCUCCACCUAUUUAUGAUCAUCAUAAUAUUUUCAGGUGCCCUUGUUGCUGUCAGGCCCUCCCUGCUGCAGUGGGGCGAGGCAACCAAUGGAAGGAUAUUUUACCAUACACAUGUGUUAUUGAGGACUGCCCAAGGACCGACACGUUCUAUAUAGAUAAAGAGACCUGGUUAAGCCAUAUGAACAAAGGACAUGGAGGCACGGACCAAUGGGUAUGCCAUGCAUGUUCCCAGAAAAAUAUCAAUGCCACCUUUAGGGAAUUGGCCAAUUUUACUGCCCAUCUUGAACACCAGCAUAGCAAUGGAAUUAGGCUACAGCAGAUACCUAUGUUAUGCUCGGCAUGGAGGCGCAAAGUCCCUCUCGAAAUCUCCGCUUGUCCACUUUGCUCUUUUGAGGGUGAAGAUCAAAACGCUCUGCUUGACCACACCGCCGAGCAUAUUCACUCGUUUUCGCUGAGGUCGUUGCCAUGGGCUCCGAGGGAUAGCUUGGAAGAAGAAGACGAUGAAGAAGAAAAAGAAGAAGCAAGGGUCUAUUUCAAGCAACAUUCAUAUUUUGACGUUGACAGCUGCCAGUCAGAGCGACCAUUGAGUCCACCAGGAGUUUCAUCCCUGGACACGGAUCCGGGGGGCAUUGGGAGCUCUGAUUCCACAGAGGUUUCCAAUUCUAUGCAAGAGCAGCAAGAGCUAACGGAGCAUCUUCUCAAUCAAGUACCGCAUGCUACAUUAGGACAGGAAAGUAUGAGCGAUUGGCUAGAAAUGCUGAGUAACGACCCAGAGAACCCGAAUCCGUUACCACCGGGUUUCCGUACUAUGUUGGAUGAAUUUGCCAACCCCCCCGAGGAUACAGCCAUGAAUCGUCGAGCCCUCGGUGGCGAAGAGAACCCUCCAGGCAAUAAACCUCCUGAAACACUGACCAGUUUUAUGGGAAGAGGUUGCGGACAUCGUCGUUGCUCAGGUUGCGAUCAAGAAGUUAGAAAAUUCGACAGUAUUAGUACUAUGUAUUGGUAUUGUUGUAAUUGUCGGGAUGGUCCGAAUUCCCUGUGGAUGGAAGCCUGUGUUUGA